AUGGAAGCGAAGAACGGCUACAGCCCGCUCGGCGGGGACGACCACGAGGCGGCGGCGGUGAUCCGCGCCACCGGCGCCGGUUUUGAAGGCGACGACGUCAAGCUCAGGCUGCUCGGAUACAAGCAGCAGCUCAAGCGAGACCUCUCGGUGGUGGCCAACUUCUCGGUGAGCUUCUCCAUCAUAUCGGUGAUCACGGGCGUGACGACGCUGUACGGGACGGGCCUCCAGUUUGGCGGGCCGGUGACGAUGGUGUACGGCUGGCCCAUCGCCGGUGCCUUCACCGUCGCCGUGGGCCUCGCCAUGGCCGAGAUCUGCUCCGCCUACCCCACCUCCGGCGGGCUCUACUUCUGGAGCGCCAGGCUCUGCACCCACCGCCGCUGGGGACCCUUCGCCGCCUGGCUCACCGGCUGGUACGUGUGCUAA